UUUCUUUUACUUUGUGCAGCUGGCUGGAACCAGCUUGGAAGGAUCAGUUUGAUACCUGUAGUCCUGGCUGCCCAGGUGUGAUUUACUGUGUGCGCUGGGCACGGCUUGGAUUGGGGAAGGAAGCAUGGAUUGCUGCACAGAUACAGAAAACACAUGGUGUUUCCCAGCCAAGAUCCACUGGACCGGGCAGACUUCAAUGCCGUAGAGUACAUUAAUACUCUCUUUCCAACUGAGCAGUCUUUGGCCAACAUUGAUGAAGUGGUAAAUAAAAUCAGGCUGAAGAUAAGGAGGUUGGAUGACAGCAUCCGAACUGUGGUGAGAGGCCAGACCAAUGUGGGUCAGGAUGGAAGGCAGGCUCUUGAAGAAGCCCAAAAAGCCAUUCAGCAACUCUUUGGUAAAAUUAAAGAUAUCAAAGACAAAGCUGAAAAAUCAGAGCAAAUGGUUAAAGAAAUUACACGGGAUAUCAAGCAGCUGGAUCAUGCCAAGCGCCAUCUGACCACCUCCAUCACGACCCUCAAUCACCUACACAUGCUGGCAGGCGGUGUGGAUUCACUUGAGGCAAUGACCAGGAGAAGGCAGUAUGGGGAAGUUGCAAAUCUCCUGCAAGGUGUUGUGAAUGUGCUAGAGCAUUUCAACAAGUACAUGGGGAUUCCACAGAUUCGACAGCUUUCUGAAAGGGUAAAGGCUGCCCAGAACGAACUAGGACAGCAAAUCCUGGCAGAUUUUGAAGAAGCUUUUCCUUCUCAGGGCACAAAGAGACCAGGAGGGCCCAGCAAUGUCCUACGUGAUGCAUGUCUAGUCGCCAAUGUCCUGGAUCCCAGAAUCAAACAGGAAAUCAUCAAGAAAUUUAUUAAACAGCACCUCUUGGAAUACCUGGUACUUUUCCAGGAAAACCAAGAUGUGGCCUGGCUUGAUAAAAUCGACAGGCGCUACGCUUGGAUAAAACGCCAGCUGGUGGACUACGAGGAGAAGUAUGGCCGCAUGUUUCCCCAGGAGUGGUACAUGACGGAGCGCAUUGCCGUGGAGUUCUGUCAUGUCACGAAGACAGAGCUGGCUAAGAUCAUGCGCACAAGAGCUAAGGAGAUUGAGGUGAAGUUGCUUUUGUUCGCCAUUCAGAGAACCACCAACUUUGAAGGACUGCUGGCUAAGCGCUUCUCAGGUUGCACUCUAGCCGAUGGGACGGUGCAGAAGAAGCCAGAGCUGCCGCCUCCCUCUACAAACCCAUUUCUGGAUGAUGAACCUGGGACGGAGACGGAUGAAACCAUGAUGGAGAAAAGUGAUAUAGACAGACCAAAGAAGCCAAAGGUCCCAGACAACCCAUUUCACGGCAUCAUUUCCAAGUGCUUUGAACCUCACCUGUAUGUCUAUAUUGAGUCCCAGGACAAAAAUCUCAGCGAGCUGAUUGACAGGUUUGUGGCUGACUUCAAGGCUCAGGGUCCUCCCAAGCCCAAUGUGGAUGAGGGGGGAGCUGUCCUGCCCAGCUGUGCUGACCUGUUUGUUUAUUACAAGAAGUGCAUGGUGCAGUGUUCGCAGCUCAGCACAGGCGAGCCCAUGAUUGCACUGACCACCAUCUUUCAGAAGUACCUCCGGGAAUACGCCUGGAAAAUUCUCUCUGGAAAUCUGCCCAAAACAACCAGCAGUAGUGGUGGGCUGACCAUCACGAGUCUGCUGAAAGAGAAGGAGGGCUCGGAAGUAGCAAAGUUCACUUUGGAAGAGCUCUGCCUGAUCUGCAGCAUCCUGAGCACAGCAGAGUACUGUCUGGCCACAACCCAACAGCUUGAAGAAAAGCUCAAAGAAAAGGUGGAUGCAAGUCUCAUGGAAAGGAUCAACCUGACAGGGGAGAUGGACACCUUCAGCAUUGUGAUCUCAAACAGCAUACAGCUGUUGGUGCAAGACUUGGAUGCAGCCUGCGACCCAGCACUAACUGCUAUGAGCAAGAUGCAGUGGCAGAACGUGGAACAUGUUGGUGACCAGAGUCCAUACGUCACUUCGGUUAUUCUUCACAUUAAGCAGAAUGUCCCCAUCAUCCGUGACAACCUGGCAUCCACAAGAAAAUACUUCACCCAGUUCUGUAUUAAAUUUGCAAACUCCUUCAUUCCCAAGUUCAUCAACCACCUAUUCAAGUGCAAACCAAUUAGCAUGGUGGGAGCAGAACAGCUCCUGCUGGAUACUCACUCUCUGAAGAUGGUCCUCUUGGAUCUGCCUUCCAUUGGGUCCCAAGUGGUGAGGAAAGCACCUGCCAGCUACACCAAGAUCGUCGUGAAGGGCAUGACUCGGGCAGAGAUGAUCCUGAAGGUGGUCAUGGCUCCCCACGAGCCCCCGGUCGUGUUUGUUGACAAUUACAUCAAGCUCCUCGCCGACUGCAGCACAGACACGUUCCAGAAGAUACUGGACAUGAAGGGCCUAAAGAGAAGCGAGCAGAGCAGCAUGCUGGAGCUGUUCCGCCAGAGGCUCCCUGCCCCUCCCUCGGGGAUGGAAAACCCCGGCUCCAUCUCUCUGACAGCACCGACGCCCGAGCAGGAGUCCUCCCGCAUACGGAAGCUGGAGAAGCUCAUCAAGAAGAGACUGUAGGCCAGUGGAGGAAGCAUCUGUCGGCCCUGCGGCUGCCUUCUGUCCCAUGCACGGUGCCUCAGACCUCCCCUUGUCUUACACUACAUUGCCGAAACAUAGAUAUUCAAUCGGCUGGCUCCAUGCAGCCGGGGGUGGAAAGGCGACGUGAAGCAGGGUGGAGUGAGUGACACUGGGGACAGUGGGCAGAUUCACCUGCUCAACCUGGGGCAUUCGUAGCUCACGAUCAGAGACCGUGGCAGAGCCUGGAGGGUAGGACACGGUUAGAGUGGAUCAUUUGCCCUAACCCCCAGGGUUUGGCCACUCCUCCAGCAUCAAGCUGCAGUUCCCACUCAGACCUCCCCCCCACGGCCAGUCUGACUCUAUCCUGAAAAUGUCAGGACGCCUCUUGCUCCCCAUCAUGCAGCUGCUUGUUUAUUGAAAAGCCAGAUGCAGAGAUACCCCUAACAGCUGGGAUUCUGGCACCUGCAACUCGGCUGAACCUGGAGCGAGACACCCACGUGCCCCUCUUGUGAUCUGAGGGCUGGCACAGCCAUAAACUAGCGAGGAGGAUCCUCCUCCCUGGAGAGCAAGGCCGGGGCCAGUUUACAGUGAACAUGCCAGCAGUCUCUGCUGCAGCUUUGAGGCGACGUUCUCCGUCUGCAGCUUCUUGUUGACUCCUGCAUGCAGGGCUCCCCCGCUCUCCCUUCUGGGAAUUCCCACGCCGUACCUGUCUCCUUCCCCACUAAGGACUGGAACAAGCCAACCAUCCGGCAGAACCAUCUCCCCGUGCUCUUGGCCACCUGUUUCAUUCCAGGCUGUGGGUGUGCUCCCUUGGUGCCGGCACUGCCCUGCAGGGAGAGCUACUAGAAAUGGGAGUUGUAAUUAGCAGCCUGCUGCUGCCAGGGUUUGUUGGCAGGGGUGGAGCUCACUCUCCAGAUUUAAACCGGAAGGGCCCCACUCCUAAUGCUAGCCCUGCUGUAACUGGACAGAGCAGGCUGUUGGAUUGGGACCAGCCUAAGGGAGAGGAGGAUUAGACUCUAAAUAUCCAAGCCCAGGCUGUUUAACAGCAACUUUUGGAGUCAGAGCACUAGCUGAUCUCGGAGGGAGCAGGCAGGUGGGUGGAGCACAAGGCGAAAACAUUAGCAGGGAAGAACUGCUCUGCUUUUCAGGGGAUCCGUAAGCGAGAGACCCAGUCACGUUGUUACCGCCUCUGGAUCUCUCCCUAACCUUCCCUGUGCCUUUUCCUUGUCACCCUAAAAGCAUUUCCCAGCUGAGCUGAUGUGACAAGACCACAUGGAUUUCCAUGGCCAAAGAAUCCUUGUGCACCUUCCUGGCUGUAAUCCCAGCUUUUCCUCUGUCCUGUGGGAUGGGUGGUUGCUGCAGCUGGCUGGCGGCUGCCUCGGGAGAGUCGCACUCCAUGGCACACUUGGGUUUCUCUUUGUGGCAGUACUGCUGUGGGGGCUGCUGUACAGACAGGCUUUCAGUGUUCACAGCCACAGUUCAAGGGCAUAGAGCUCACCUGAGGCAGGGCCAUGAGGGGCAUGCACUCCAGAUCAAGCAUGGGUUCAUUUUAACUGAACUCUGCUCAUACAAACCCACAAAGUCUCAGUGAGACUCACAUUCCCCCUUGCACCACCACACUUCAUCCCUCUUCCCUUUCUGAGAAGUUUUGCUUUUUAGGCUGAAAAUCUGGCCUAAUGCCAGGCUUCCUGGUCAUUUUUUUGUUCUGUCCCACCCCUCCCUCACCUCCCCGUUUCUGCCACGUGCACAGAGGUGGGGGAUCCGUGGCUGGCCCAGGGAUGGGCCUGGUGUCUGUGCCAACUGCUGAGGGCUUGCUGAUGUUGGCUGGGAGAGCAAAAGCAGUUUGGGGUGGGGUAGGUGUCUGGGUUCUGCACUAAGUAACCAAGUGAUCUGCUGAAAGAGCCAGCCAGUGACCUAAAGCUGAGCUGGACUUUGGCUUACAGCUGCACCCACUUCUAGCCAUCUGCUCUGACCAUUGUUAGCCACUGUCUGCACUUCUGGGUUUCUUUUCUGCGGACCUGUUUGCUGCGCCCCUGCCCUGAAGCCAGCCAUUCUCAUCACCGAGCACUAGCACUCCUCAUCUCGCUGAAACCUUUCACUAAUGCUCAAGCACUGAACAGAUGUGACGUAUCUGCUCCGGACCUGCCGUGCUUCCUUUGCCCUGUGCACUUGCACCCUACAGGGGAGCAAACUGCCGGCGUUCCUUUGGUCUCAGCAGCUGGUACACACGGGUGCACUGUGCUGGAGGCACUUCUUCCUCUUGUAGGCUUUGCAAGGUCUUCUGAAGCACGGUUCUCAGUUUGAUGCAGAGGACUUGGAAAAGGUUCCAUAAUUGUCCUUCAUUUCCUUUUGGACGUGGGAAGUGUCGCUCUCCUUUGAUUGCAUGCCAGCUUGGAAUAGCUCUGUCGGAAAAGGAACUUUGGCCGCUUCAUUUAAUUAGCAGAUAAAAUCUCAAUCCCUGCUUUAAAGGAAAGAAAACUGACAUUUUCGGGUCCUCUGCUUGGGGGACAACAUGGACCUGGCUUCAGAGGAUGGCUGCUCAGUAGCUUCAGAAAGCUCAGGCACCUGGGAUGAUUCAGGUUGCAGAUCAGAAACAGAAGCACCCAAUCCCUUCCCCAGGUACCCGUACCUCCACUUAUCCCCCAGACUUCCCUGACCAACAAGGCUGGGGUGGGAGAGUCCAUUUUGUGCCCAGGUUGGUGGUGAUUUUGCAAGAUGAA